GGUCCGUAACACAAACACAACCACAAAAAAAAAAAAGAUGCCAAAGAUCGAAAGACUAGGGGAGGAGAUGAGUGAAAUGUCGGAAGGGGGAUCUAGCUCAACAACAAGAGGUAAGAGCUCUGUAUUGGAGGAUGGCGUCUACGAAUGCGACUGCGGGAAGGCGGCGCUAGUCCGACAAUCAUGGACAGACGCAAAUCCAGGUAGGCGAUUCUAUAGGUGCGGAGCCGGUUGGAAAAACAUCUGCAACUACUUUCGGUGGCGCGAUCUUGAGAAACCACAUGGAUGGCAGAAAAUAGCACUUUUGGAAGCAAGGGACUUGAUAAAGUCACAAGCAGAGGAGCUUACAAAGCUUAGAGCGAUUGUUGGGGGCCAAGAAGCAAGGAACACAGAGGACGAAGGGAGCGAGCUCCUUCGUAGGUUGGAAGACAUGGAAAAGGAGAAUAUGGCUCUACGAAGUUAUGUGAAGGCAAGCGCGGCGAAGGAUCAAACCAUCCGUCAGGUGGUCAUUAUCUCUUGGAUAGGUUUUGCUUGUGUCGUGGCAACAAUAGUUCAUGCAUUAAAGUAGCAAAACAAAUGGACCAUCGCUAUCAUCAUCAUUCCUAGCUUGCUGAAUUCUAAAGUUUGUACUAUGUUAAUCUUCGUAUGAAUGUAUGACAAAAACUCUUGGUUAGCUAUCUAUCAAACUUAUAAUUCUGAUACCAUGUAUCUAUGGAUAGGUACAUAUAUCCAUAAAUAUCCUGCUCCGGU